AUGCCCGAGGCGGUGGAUGGGAUCAGUACAUCAUAUCCAGCAAGGGGUCAUACCCACGAUCCUAGGAUACGCAUCCCCUUCUGCAUCAACAUCAUGUCUGCACCUAAAGAGCCCAAGGCGAAAGCUCCAAUCAUGGACGCUUACGAUGGUAAUUCUGAUCCUGACAUGCAUUGGGUAGCAUACCGGUAUCACAUAGACUCUUUUUUCCUCUCGAUUUAUGGCUCACAAAAAGAGAAAAAGACGAGUAUGCAUUUAGGACGCAUACAACAGGGGAAGGAAGAUUCAUUGAGAAGAUAUGUAAAGCAGUUCAAUAUGGAAGCUGGCCAAAUCCCAGACUUGUCAGAUGGAAUAGCCCUUGAUAACUUUGUGUGUGGGUUGAAGAAGGGAUCUUUAAAAUUUGACCUUAUAAAAAAGAGUGUGAAGACAAUGAUAGAUGUACUGGACGAAGCUGAAGCCUUCAUACAUGUUACAGAGAUAUGUAGUUUCCUAAACGAGUCGAAAUCUACCGAACCCAGUGGCCCCUCCAAAUUCAAGAGAAAUAACUCUACUGUUCGGGCUAGUGGUAUCUGGGCCGUAAAUGAUAAAACAUCAGGAGCACACAUGUUGAAGAGAGAACGUCCGGUGGCUGAUAAAACAUUUGAAUACAACAUAGAUCUUUGCACAAUCCUUAUGGAUGUGGGACCAAGGAUAGAGAUAGAGCGUCCUUUUCUAAUUAAGUCGUCUAUGGAGAAUCGAGAUUUCGGAUUAUUUUGCCAAUUUCAUAAUGACAUAGGUCAUGACACCAAAGACUGCCGAAAAUUAAAGAGAGCUUUGCAUGAUUUGGCAUCCAGAGGUUUUUUGAAACAAUAUCUCCGCAAGAUAGUUAGCAACAAUGCUAGAAGUCGCAAAGAGUCACCAACGCCUCUGUCUGAAGAUGAGGAUAUUCCAUCGGACUGA